UUGCUUUCCAUAGCUUGUAGUUCAAUGAGUGAUGUGGCUGAGCUGAAGUCAGUGAAUUGAAGACGAAGUCAAACUUAAACAUCCAAAUCCAGAAUGCACGGACUCAGAAAACUGUUUGCUGUGUUGUUCAUCGGAGCUUAUGCUGUUGCUUUCAACCCAUACCAAGAUGUUUCAGAAAGAUUGAAGGGUGCACAUGAGGUAGGUCUAGGAGAUGUAGUCUUUGUGAUCAGAAGUCAGGCUCCCUCUCCUCAUGUAGAGAGGGCAAGGCGCAUUAGAGAUGAUAUAGCCCAACAGUGUAGACUACACAAUCUAGGUCAUCCAGAUGUGGUGUUGUUACAUGAAAGAUAUGGAGGGCCUCACUCCGGACACUGGACACUAUUCCCUGCUCUUCCAAAGUUAUUCAAUGAGUUUGAAGAGAAGAAAUGGUUCUUUUUCUGUGAGGAGGAUACCAGAGUUAAUGUCCAAGGUCUGAUUGCGUUGCUAAGUAGAUUCAGCUCGGGUGAGGAAUGGUUUCUUGGUAAAAGCUUAUUUGACCAGGAGGCAACAAUAAUUCAUCAUUUUCGUUUCAACGACAUGCUCUCAGAAUUCAUCUUUCCAGACUUUGACGCAGGUUGGAUUUUGAGCGAAUCUCUCCUGAAAAGCAUGGUGUCAAGACUGAAGGAAGAAAACGCUAAGAUUGAUUUUAGCAUUGACGUCAAACAUGAGCUUGCUCAUUACAUCUGGAAUGAAGAGAGUGGAUUGCAUAUGACAGGCCUACCUCAGCUAUGUGCAGGGAACAUUGACCCAAGUGACCUUUCACCUUUGACCGAUGAACAGGUCAAGCAGAAAAUACAGUCCAGCAAGGAAAACCCUUCCAAAUCUGGUUCCAUCUGUGUGACGGCAUCUCCCAAGGCGCUCCCAGAAUGUGGUCCACCUGUGAAAGGAAAGGAUAUCUUCUUUGCAGUUAAAACAUGUGAGAAGUUCCAUAAAGAACGAGUGCCUGUAGUGCAACGGACCUGGGGGAGAUUUGCAAAGCACAUGGUUUAUUUCAGUGACAAGGCUGACUUAUCUAUACCUACUGUUGCUACUGGUGUCCCCAACACAGAAAGAGGGCACUGUGGAAAAACUUUUGCCAUAUUUGAUCAGUUUCUCAACAAUCCAGAAUAUAGAGCAUUCCCAUGGCUAGCAGUAACAGAUGAUGAUACAAUCAUUAGCGUUUCAAGAUUACAUCGUCUGCUUUCCUGCUACGAUGCAACCAAAUCAAUCAUGCUCGGUGAACGCUAUGGUUACGGGCAGGUCAAAGGUUAUGGAUAUGACUACAUCACGGGAGGAGGAGGAAUGAUCUUCAGCCGUCCGGCUGUAGACGACCUGAUUUCAAAUGGAUGCCGCUGCAGCAAGAACGAAGAUCCAGAUGACAUGAUCAUUGGGAUGUGUGCUAAGAGAUAUGGAAUACCUCUUGCUCAUUCUCCUUUAUUUCAUCAGGCAAGGCCAUCGGAUUAUGCCAAAGGUCUCCUUGCUCAUCAAACACCCGUAUCCUUUCACAAGCAUUGGAAUGUCAACCCAGAUCAAGUUUACAGCGAUUGGUUUCUAAAAGACGAUGAAGCUAUGCAGUCUGCAUCCCACGAUGAACUUUGAUUGAGACUCUAAAAUAGUGUAUCCAAGUAAGCCAUAUAUAGUAUGUUCUUUCUUUGUUUGCCGAUGAUAUGUUUGUAAAGUAAGUGCAUGUAUUUCUAGCCCCCUGUGGGACCUUUUUGAAAUGAUAUGUCUCUGUUUACUAGUUCGUAUGAAACUUUGUAAUUCUCUUGAAUUAUUAUUGCAUGGGCAGACAAUGGAGUGAGGGUAAGAAUGGAGAAAAGAUGAGGGUUUGACAUGCUUUAAGGUUGAAUAUAUAUGUGAAACAGUGAAAGUGACAAUUUUUUAUAUCCUUUCGCAACCUGAAACUGUCAUCAUUUGUUGAAUUAUAGUAUAGUUCAGUUGCAAUGCAGUAAUUUUGCAGUAUCAAAUUAUUUUUAGUCCCUCUCCAUCCUCAAUUUUCAUUUUAUAAAUCUUAAUUAUAUGUACUUAAAAAUGCAACCAAUAGUUCUCAUCAUAAAUUUGUCUUUGUAGUUGCUUUAUUCAUAGGAACUCAACUCAGUACAUUUCUUCUUGGCAGUCCAACCCAGGUUGGUCUUUUAUUAAUGGUGCUAUUAUUUCAUUGUAUUGUGGCAGGUGAGGCUUCUAAUGUUCAUUAUAUAUUUAUUUCUGUGUUUAUAUAUGGUUGAUUUAGAAUAUUCAGUUUAUGUUUUUCCUUAAAAUUUCUAUGAAAGUCUAUUUCAUUAUUUGGAUACCUAUAUUUGAUGUUAGACAGUGUUCCCAGUGUUCAAUAUCAAUGUAAAAUGUAACUCAGUUUCACAAUUUUAUGUGCAAAGAUGCAUUAAUAUAAAGGGGAAAGUAAUGUAUUAUCAAAUCGUAACCUUGAACGAGAGGGUUUUAAAUGGACCAAUUCCACAGUUGGAUUCAGGGUUUUUUAAGGCAAGUUUUGUCGUCAUAUGCCUGGGGAGCAUAUCAUCAACACUUGUUGUUUGACAACAUCCCUUGGUUUUGAUUGGCUUAGAAUGACAAGUCUCUGACGUUACAUGGUGUUUGGAUAGUGAUAACUGGUCAGUACUGACAGCUCUCGUGAAAUGGUCAACUUGUAUGUGGUACAUUUAGUAUUGUGGAAGCCCGGGGUCCGCCAUUUCAUGAAAGUUGUCAGCACUUGCAAGUUUUGAUUAACCAAACCAGUUACCCUAGUAACAGUCAGACACCUGUGUUUGUCAGGCAAUGAAACCUAAGGAAAUGUCAGAAACCAAAAGUUGUUGAAAUGCCUCCCUUGAGAUGCCAUAAUAGAAAUAUUGUGUAAAUGGUCUAUUGAAAUUAUGGAAAUGUCAAAGCAUUUGAAAACAAAUUAUAUUUAAAAGAAUGGAGAACUUAAGCGAUUCAAUUCGAAGACAUUUAACAAUUUUGCAAUGAAGUGAUCAGAUAUGGUUUCAACACUACAGUGAUCUUUCAAUCUGAACCAAAUAUAAAAUGAUUCCACAUUUGCUCCUUCGACAAUUGUUCCAGGGGAGGUUUGACAGAGAUUUAAGUCUGAAUCAUGAAUUCCAGGUUGUGUAUGGUAAUUAAUGCACCUCUACAUUGAACAUAUCAAGCUCAGGGGAUGCGCAUUACGGUGUAACAUUAAUGAGAGCAUACAUUAAGUACCAUGUGUGCAUUUGCAAUGAAGCAUGUCUUUUUAAUAGACAGGCUAAACCCUUUGUGAAGCACCCCCACAACCAUUAUGUGUAGUGCAUCAUUGUGAAGCCUUCAGUGAAGACUAGAUAGAAAGCAAGGCAGAGUUCUGGGCCCUGUCUUACAAGGAGUUGCAAUUGAUCUGAUCAAUCGUAACUAUGCAUGGCCAGCAACGUCAACAUCUAUAAUGCAUGUUUGUUAGAAAUAUAAUAACUAUGAACAAUAUUCAUGCAUUCAUUGUUUUCUUGAAAAUUCACUGUGCUUCUCUUUGUUUAAGAAGGACAUUGGGAAAAUUUACUGUAGAAAAAAAUUAUGACACUGAUAGAUUUUGAUACGUCUUACAAAGAGUUACGAUUGAUCCAAGCAAUUGUAAGUCUUUGUAAGACGGGGCCCUGAACUUUGAAGCGCCUGAACCAAUCAGAUAGGCCAUAGUGUUUCUCUUGGCACUAUUAAUUUUUUGAUGUAUAGUAACAUGUAGUCUUGUCCAUCACAAUGAUGCUCUACCUUAAGUUUCGGCAGGUAUGUAGGCUUAGGGUUAGGGUAGUUGUACGAUAAAUGGUAGGUAUAGAAUUAGAUAAGUGUCACGGUGAAUAUUAAGAAUUUUAGUUAGGUGUAAGAAAUCUUUAGCAAUCUGCACGGAGCAAUUGUGGAAGGAGCUUAGGUCAUAAAAUCUCAAAAAUUAAUUUUCAAAUGAUUGUGAAUGGUAGAAGACAAACCAUAUUGUAGCCUAAAUGUUAUUUAGAUUGAUAUUCUUGUAGAAAAAGGUGGUUCUUUGUGGGUAUGUAUUGUACAGCAGUCCGACCUUGUUUAUCUGGCUGGUACCAGACCGAAACCCAUCAAUAUAAACAAUAUGAAAUAUGAGAUUAAUAUCUUCAAUUAAAGGAGAAUGAAACAGAGAAAAAACCCAGCAAAUUCAAUUUUAAUAGAGGACAGAAGAUGCAAUUAAAAAAGGUUCAAUCAAGUCAGUCAUGAAAUGAAGGCUUGAAAGCCUCGAUAUACCUUCUAUGCUGAUCUUCAAAUUCACAACUUUUUUUUUCUAAAUGGGGGGAUUAGCAGGGGCCGCGGAACCGGGGGGGGGGGGGCUGGGGGGGCUUCAGCCCCCCCCCCCCACUUUUUUCCAAAACCGUGUACAAAAACUUAAAAAUGACCAUAGGAUUGUGAUUUUUUGCAUGGUCAGCCCCCCCACUUUUGACUCAGCCCCCCCCCCCCCACUUUGAAAACCGUUCCACUGCCCCUGAUUAGUAGUACAACUUGGUAGUACACAGAAUUUCAUAUUUUGUCCAUUAUCCAUAAAGAUGCUACUUGUGUAUUUAGCCAACUCUCCAUGUCUCAUGGUCUAAUACAUUUCCAAUGAUACAUCUUGUAAUAAGAUGUAGCUGCACAUUGAGAGAUAAUUGUUGAAGUAUAAGCUGUAUUACUAAACCUGUCACUUGGAAGAAACAUUGCCAAUUUGAGGAUUGCAAUCAAAAAUAAAUUAAGACUUUUCCAACGACAAAAACUUUUCCUGUUGCACCCAAUUAUGAUGUAACUUUUUCUUGAAUUGCUUCUUUCAAUUCAAAUUGAUUCCCCCAGGGGUUCCAACCUCCUUUAAUAUAGAAGUUUUGCUAUGAUGGAGAAAUAAGCAAUGUUGGACUGUACAUGGUCAUUAGAGGCUGAAAUGGUAAAUUCAUAUAUCUAUGCAAUUAUAAUGUAUUCAUGUCUAGGGAUUUAAAGAAUGUGUUGUCUUCCUCUAUCUAUAUACUUGUAUUUUUAGGAAUGUUUAAAAUGUACACUAGCCAUAAUAUGAAUAGACUACAGUUAGACUAUUUUAACACACUAUUUUUAACAACAUUGACUAUUUUUGUGAAUGAGUACUGUGGCGAUCGUCCUUGUCUAUGGCAAUAAAUCAUAUUGUGACUAUUA